AUGCCACCGACCCUCCAAAACCGCAUCUCACCCGACGUCUUCAUCCACCUCCACACCAACACCACGCCCAAUGGCUCCUCCGACACCCACCUAAUCUACCUCCUCCCCGGAAACCCCGGCCUCUGCUCCUACUACCACACCUUCCUCACCCUCCUUACCCAGUCCUCCCCCGCAGCAGCGCAAUUCGCAAUAGUAGGCAUGUCACUCCCGGGUUUCGAAUCCGCACCAGACGACCUGGACUGGAACGACGAGGACAUUUUGUUUCCGGAUGAGAUAGCUACCAAGCGGAGUGCGAAGCGGAGGGGUGAUGGUGGGGAGAAAGGGUGGUGGGGGCUUGAGGAGGUUGUGGAGGUCACUACUGCGAGGAUCGAUGAGGUUGUAAGGCGGUUACAGGCUGGGUUACGGGGAAGGAAGGUCAGGGUGACGUUGAUGGGGCAUUCGUUGGGGACAUGGUUGAGUUUGGAGGUUGUGCGGCGGGUUAGUGAGCGACAACGACAGCAAAGAGGGGGAAAUGAGCGUGAGGACGAUGGUAGCGGGGAAGCAGACGAGGACGACGAGCCUACGGAGGACUCCACAGGGGUACUAGGCGUUGGCAAGGCAGGAGGAAAGAGGAAAAGGACCGGCUCUACGGGCACAGACUGGGAGGCAGAGGCUUGUGUUGCUCUUGCGCCAACUAUCAUAGAGCUCGCUAAAUCCUCCUCUGGUGUCAAAGUGGCGCCGCUGCUGGCGACUUUCACUUUCCUGCCCUGGCUAUUGCAGUCUCUUGCCAGUGGGCUGACGUGGGCUUCCCGGCGUGAGAUGAUAGAAUGGAUCGUCGCCCGCUUCCUGGGCCUGAGUCCAAACAACCCGGGUGUUGCGACAACAGCACGAUUCCUCCAAAGCCCAAGUGCGGUCAGGCAGUCGUUGGAGCUUGCCAAGCAGGAAUUGGUCAGUAUAUCCAAGGACGACUGGGGUCCGGAAGUCUGGGGUACUGGUCCGGCUCUGCAGAUGGGAGGCCUAGAGCAGACGCAGAGUCCGAAGCUGUUCUUCCUGUUUGCUCAGACCGAUCACUGGAUCGCAGAUAGCACGAGAGACACGAUACUGAGAGGGCGGGCUCGACACGAUGGUCAUGGUGCUUUCGUCGUGGACGAAAAGCAUGGUCUGAAGCACGCCUGGUGCUUGGAGCAGAACCAGGCUGUUGUUGAUUAUGUCAAGCCGUGGCUGGAGGAUAUCGCUCGAAGACAAUGA